AUGCAGAAGCUCAAUCUCGCACAUGACGGGAUCGCCCGACAGCUGCAGCAGCAGGAGACUGAGCUCAUGACUCUCCGGCGUGACCGGGAUACCAUGCAGAAGCGCCUCAAGGAUGUGGAAGAGGAUCUCAUGUCGGUACACGACUGGAGAAAGUUGUCGCGCCUGUGCAAGCAGCCUUCUCCCAUCAAGCCUGCAACCCGCGCAGACGCCGCGGCCCGGAUGGGAAGUCACAGGGCAGAGUCCGAGGAAGCGGAAGCGGGGAGAACCGAGCUGUCGCGUGGCUGUGUAGGCUAUGACUUAUUGAUGUUAAAUGAAAUGCUGUUCAUUCUAGAUGAUGCCGCAGGAAGGGCAGCUUUGGAUAUGAUCUUUCGGGCUCCGGAGCACCACACUGCCAAGCCCAGGCAGCGCCUCUUUGGAAGCGAAGGCCGGCUCAAGGAGCUCCCGAAUCUCAUGAAAACGCCGCAGAUGAUCUAUGAGGAGAAGCUGCGACCCUUGGAGAAGCAGCUCCAGUUUGAGAACUUCUAUGACACCGCCGAGCUGAGUGCCGCAUACUUCACGUCGAAGCCGAUGGUUCUCGUCCUAGGCCAAUACUCGACGGGGAAGAGCACGCUGAUCUCGCAGCUCUUGAAGGCGGAGUAUCCGGGCCUUCGCAUUGGUCCCGAGCCCACCACGGACAAGUUCGUGGCCAUCAUGGGUGGCCCUUCCCGCCAACAGUUGCCAGGUUUUGCGCUCUGCAGCAACCCCUCGCAGCCGUUUGGGCAGCUUCAGCGUUUUGGAAGCCGCUUUCUGGAGCGGUUCGAGGGGGCUUUGAUGCCGGAAGAGGAGGUGCCGGUGCUGAGCUGCCUCAGCUUCGUGGACACCCCGGGUGUCCUGAGUGGGGAUAAGCAGCGUGUGGGCCGCUCCUACGACUUCGAGGGCGUAAUGGGUUGGUUUGCCGAGAAUGCCGAUCUGGUUAUCGUGCUGUUUGACCCCAACAAGCUUGACAUCAGCGAUGAGUUCCGGCGAUGUCUGGAAGCACUGAGCAAGAAGAGCGAAAGCAAGAUCCGCUUCGUUUUGAACAAGGCGGAGAAGCUCGACAGAUUCGAGCUGGCGCGGGUCUUCGGAGCAUUGAUGUGGUCCCUGUCAAAAGUGAUCAACAGCCCGGAGAUGCCGCACGUGUUCUUGAGCCCUGCUUCGAACCAGCUGGACCUUUCAAAAGAGGCACUUGCCUUCUUCCAGUCGGAGGGUGAGCGGCUGAGACAGGAGCUUUUCCAGGUGCCCUUGGACAACACAACCCGCAAGGUUAACGACCUCCUGCGAAGGGGCCGACUCCUUCGAUGCCAUGCUUUGCUUGUGCAGCAGCUGCUUACAUUGCGUGGGCCUUUCGGGCGGCGGAAGGUCCUCCGCGAGACGAUCACUGACCCUGUGAAGCUGGCAGCCGAGUGCGCGAAGGUAGCUCAGUCCAGCGGGAUUCCCCUCCAAGACUUCCCAUCCGCUGCCACGUUGACGGCACAGUUCUUGAAAAUGGGGGACACGCCCGUGCAGGAAGUGCCGUCUCCGCUUCUACGGAAAGCAGAGGAGGCGCUGAGCAAGGACAUCCCAGCCCUGCUGGACAGGGUGUCUUCUGAGCGAGAGCAGAUGAUCCAAGAGGGACUGCCGAUGCUUGACUUGCUGCUGGACUCGCGCACGAAGGAGUCUGCCGCUGCAGAGUGA